AUGCAUACCUGCAACACAGCCAACCAUACACAAUUGUGCAUCCGGACACACAAGACACGCCGACUGGUCAGGGCCUUAAGCAGUGAUUAUGGUGUUGGGCAGUGGGAGCUAGGGGCCGCACCGUCAUUAGUCUGGUUAAUCAGAGCCUUGCUCCAGGUUAAGCUCCGCAGCCUCCAGAGACAGGCUGAUGAGCUGAGAACCGUGCCCAGCCUACAGUUCUCGGGUCUGGGCUCCAGCGGCUCCCCUGGUCCCAGCCUGCUCCAGCCAAUUGAUCAGAGUGUGUCCACGGCAGAUUACGGGGACUUGAUUGAGUUUGUGAACCCACUGCUGGGAUUGUCUCUUUGGGGGGUUUAUGUUGGAGAAGGCUGGGUCAUCCAUUUUGGGGUGGGAGACGAGAACAUGACACAAAAAGCCUGCCGCAGAUUCCUUCAGCAGAUGGUUCCAAAGUCGAGCGCUGACCGUGUUCUGAAGAAGACCAGAGUCUGCACGCAGCGCGUUGCAGAUAUCAAACUGCCUCCAGGAACUCGAAUCAGGGUCAACAACAACAAACACAACCUGGUUCCGUCAACACAGGAGAUGAUGAGGCAUCGCUCUGACACUUUUCUGCUGCAGGAGUUCAAAUACGACCUGAUGAACUUCAAUAGUGAGCAUUUCGCCACAUUUGUCCGGUACGGCCACGCUGUGUGCAACCAGAUUCCCUUUAAGAACAAGAAUGAGGCACAUGUGGACACAACUCAGACUCUGCAAAUGAUAAUGCAGCAACGGAUGGAGACAGAAACUUGAGAUAUGUGCGUCUGCCGCACCAACUUU